CUUAUUGGUCGGCCACCCCUAUUGGUGGUGGGUCAAUUAGGCCAGCACGUUAAGACCUACAUAUACCCCGUGUGCCCUACAGCCAUUUAGGUAAGUUCCUCCAUUAGAGCAGUAGACAUGGCUCGGCAGACGGCGCUCCGGAUCUUCCUAGUGGUGGUGGUGGUGGUGGUGGCGGUGGCGGCGGCGGCGAUGACGGUGUCAGUCGCCGAAGUUCUGCAAAACGUCUCCCAGGGAGUCGAUGACGAGUGGCCUGCGUUGAACGACGCCGUACUUGACAGGAUGUUGGGUGUGGUCGAAGCUGCCGACACAGACACUACAGUCAACAAACGUGCUGCCGAUUCCGACUCCUGGGAGAGAUUCCUGUGGGAGGAGGAGCAGGACGAGGAGCAGGAUGAGGGACAGGACGACGAUGAAGAGCAGGACGACGAUGAAGAGCAGGACGAGGAUGAAGAGCAGGACGAGGAUGAGGGGCAGGAUGUAGACCCAGACCCUACAGUCAACAACGAUGCUGCUGACUGGGCGAGAUUCCUGUGGGAUGAGGAUGAAGAGCAGGGCGAGGAUGAGGAUGAAGGGCAGGGCGAGGAGGAGCAGGAUGAGGAGCAGGAUGAGGAGCAGGACGAUGACGAAGAGCAGGAUGAGGAUGAGGAAGAGCAGUACUUUUACGCCUUGCCCCGGUCCUGGGGCCCAGUCGAUUCUGUGUCCUCUCGGGAACUAAACCUGACGUGCAGCGACGAUGCCUUUACAUUUUCCAUGCACUCUAGCCCCAUUACUGAGCUGAAAGUAGUGGGUGCAGCGACCAUACUGGUAAAGGCUCCCAAGUCGUGUGGCUACUCUGUGAGCCCUUAUGGGAACACCGUAAGGGUGCCAUACACUGGCUGUCACGUCGACGCUCGGAAGGGGCAGUACAUCCUGAAGGUGUCCUACAUCACUGAGCAUGGGCGCUUGAUGGACGCCACCUUGUCUUGCACCGACGGCACUAAUGUCACAGAUAUGCUGAACCCUCGGGCCGACGAAGCACCGUCAACCUCAAACUUUGCAGAUUCCCCCACGGCCAUGGCACAAAAUCAGCUGGACCCUAGGGGCGGGAACGCCGCGCCCCCCUGUUCCCGCAAGGCACAAAACUGUGACGUUGCUGUUGAAGAGCAGCUGCAGUGUGGAUAUAACGGAAUAAGCAAAGAAUAUUGUGAUCAAAAGGGUUGCUGUUUCGACGAACAAAAUGUCAUGUCUAAUUGCCAUUACCCACUAGAUGAAUGCACUGUGGAUAAUCACUUUGUGUUUGCCAUCCGCAAAGACUCUGCAUCGGUCCCUAUUGACCCAACAAGACUCAUUAUUCCCAACUAUCCCAGUUGCGUUCCCAUUAUCGCCAACUCCCACUUUGCAAUCUACAAGAUCCGUCUGACUGAUUGUGGCGUUCGUUCUUAUAUGAUUGGGCACACCAGCAUUUACAUGGUUGAGGUGCACACAGUAGUUGAGGCUCUCAGUCUCAAGUAUGGUGUGAUAGCGAGGGAGGAUGCUAUCAGAUUCAUGAUCGAGUGUCGCUACCCCCAUACGGACUCCUGCGGCCCGUCGUUGGCCAGUGUGGGCUACACGGUGAGGGUCCCAAUGCUGCAAUUUCCCAUCAUCCUCAGCUCCCAGGGACGCUACAGUGUGCAGCUGAGACUCGCUCGAGAUGCAAGCUUUGACUCUUACUACAGCAAGGACUCCUUGCCGUUGAGUGUCAUUCUCGGUUCGCCGGUCUUCCUGGAGGUCAACCUCCAGGAGGACUUUGCGGUGUUGGGACGGGGAUUUAAACCGAUAGAGAAACCGAGGAUGGCUGUGCUCGUGGUCAACUACUGCUUGGCCUUCCCUAGGAACGCCAAUAAAGUGCUAGUGCUGGUUUACGAGGGCUGUGCAAACCCAAAUGACCCUGGUAUCUCCAUCUUGUCUACGAGUGGCCACGGCAGCAGUAAGCAGAAGCGCUUCUUGGUCAAAGCGUUCCAGUUCAUGAAUGUGCAAACCAACACGUACCUCGACGAAGAGAUCUUCUUCAUGUGCUCGACAGAAGUCUGUCUAAAAAGAGAAUCGUGUGACAGAGGUUGCUUUGCGAGCCCAUAAUAGAUUUGUGCUGUACCCAAUGGGGAAUAAAAUAAAGUUUCUGACGAUUUCUUAA